CAAUGGCUUACUACCAUUGUAGCUCAACAGACGGCACGAACGAUCCGUCAUCGAAACUAAUAUUCGAUAUAUUAUAACUUGAAAACUGUACUCACGCCAUUACCCUUUAAGGAGAUAAAUAUGGCAAAAGGAGCUUCCCCCCGCAUUCUGAUUGUAGGCGCUGGCCUAGGUGGCUUGUUGCUCGGCCAGACACUACGCAAGAACAACAUCCCCUUUGAAAUCUUCGAGCGAGACCCAAGCGACAACGUUCGAGUCCAAGGCUGGGCAAUCGGUCUCCACACCAUUCUCGACGAACUCGAUGCCUCGGUCCCAGAUGACUUGGGCUCGCGCGACUUCAUCAACCACUUGCUCCCCCUGAAGCACAACUACGAGUUCGCCUGGUACAGACACGACCGCACCACAAAACUCGGCGUGCGCGAUGACGGAAGUGGAAAGUUCAUCCGCGCGAACCGAGGCCGCCUUCGGAAUUGGCUGGCGAGGAACAUGCCGAUCCAAUACGGCAAGCGUGCCCUUCGAAUCGAAGAGAGCAACGACACCGUGACGGUACACUUCGAAGACGGAACCUCGGCUACCGGUGAUAUCCUUGUUGGCGCCGAGGGACCUUACAGCCCAACUCGGAAAUACCUGUUAGGAGGCAAAGACGUGAUCAGGAAGCCACGCCAAGGAACAAUCAGCGGCGAGGCCAUCCUCAGCGGUCGUCAGAUGCAAGAGCAACUGGCACUAGGACACUCUUGCUACCUAAUUGACAUGAGCCCGAACGACGACAACCCGGCGUUCCUCUUCUGCGGCUUGAGCGAGGCCUUCGAGGACGGGAAGUCUGGAAGGUACUACUACAACAUGUUCUGGCGUGACGAGGGAGCGACGAGCAAGGACUUCUGGCCCUACUCGGCUAGUAAGGAGAAGCUGUACGAGUAUGCGUUGGAGAAGACGGCACACCUGCCGGACAAGCUACGGUCCAUUGUAAAGGCGACUGGGCCUGAAGGGAUGAAGCAGCCGCCUAUCCACUUCUGGACUCUGACCAUGACCCCUGACCAGCUGCCCCACGGGAGGGUCACGUUGAUGGGUGAUUCUGCACAUGCCAUGCCUUCCUUCCGAGGCGAAGGAGGUUUCCACGCUCUUCUUGAUGCGCUUAACCUCGGAAAGGCCCUAGCGAAGAUAAAGACGAACGACACCGCCGUGAUCAAGAAGGUACUUGGAGAGUACCAGGACGAGAUGAUCGAGAGAGGAGCGAAGGCGUCGGCCUGGUCGAGCAUCGCGUUUGACCAGGCAUGGAGCAGCGAGAAUGCCCAGCCCAAGAUCGUCUGGGGUCUGCCCGUGGUGCCUCUUCCCGAGGAGAAGAUAACUGAAUGAUUGUAUGAUGCUUAUUUCUGGGCCAGAUGAUAUUGUAAAUGAUAGAUUGUGCAGUGGGACAUAGGAUAGCCUCUACUUUAUAUAUAGAUAUGAAUACCCAUUGGAGAAGUCCAGCGCCGAGCUCAACCUCGGGACUUUCAUCGGAAUGGACUUGGGAAGCUGUGUACUACGAGCGGAUUUAGGAUGACCAAGAAGCGGUGCAACCUCGUUU